AAAUUGUGGUUCACAGCAAACCUCUCUCUUUCCACUUGCCAAGCUUUUAAAGCUACCAAAAACCAGAACCAACCCAUUGAUAACACUCUUCUUGUCCCUUCUCUUCCCCCUCCGAGACGAGUUUUAUUUCAAUCAUAAUCCAUUUUCAUGCAUUAUAAUUAUCACUGUUGUUCUUAUUCUUGUUAUUGUUGUAUCAUCGUAUAACACUUUGGGUGUAUUGUAUCUCUUUCGCUUAAUUACACUCUGUGUUUGGAUUCAUGCUAGCCGUGUCUCCAUUGAGGAACACAACCAAUGAUGAGAAGCAAAGAGAGGUGGAGACUUUCACCAUUAACCCACAAGACUUCCCCGAGUUCGCAGAUCAUGGAUCCUUGCUCGACUCCAUCGAUUUCGACGACUUGUUUGUCGGAAUCGACGACGGCGAUGUCCUCCCCGAUUUGGAGAUGGACCCAGAUAUCCUCGCAGAUUUCUCGAUCAGCGCCGGUGAAGAAUCCGAGAUUAACACAUCCCCAUCUCCAGACAAAGUUGAAGAUACAACAACAACAACAACAACUACUAGUAGUAGUAUUACUACCCAGAUAGCUCGGGAGGGCGAUAAGGGUUUCUCAACUGGUUCAUGUAAUAAAGGAGAGGAGAGUGUGAGCAGUAAGAGAGAUAAGAAGGAGAGUACUGGAGUUAAAACAGUCGUGCAGCCGUCUAACAAGGAUGGUGAUAGGGGAAGGAAAUCAUCGGCAGCGGCACAAACCAAGAAUGCUAAUAAUAAUCAAGCGAAGCGAAAAGUUAAGAAAUACAGAUCUCACCGGAAACAUUUGUUAGCCCGAGAAGCGGAGGCGGCAAACUGGAGUCAGAGACGGCAAAUGUACGGAGCUGCGGUGACAGGUGGCGGCGUCGGCGGAGGAGGAGGAGGAGGGAAGAGAGACAUCAAUCCAUGGCUUACACCUACCAUUGGUUUCCCUCCUCAUCCCCACUUUAGACCCUUACACGUCUGGGGUCAUCCCACCGUCGAUCAAUCUCUGAUGCACAUGUGGCCCAAACAUUUGGCCCACUCACCCUCGCCGCCACAUCCGCCUACAUGGGCUUCGCCGCCGCACCCUCCACCUGACCCUAAUUCUUACUGGCAUCACCCCCAUCACCAACAACAUGUUCCAAAUGGUGUAACUCCAGGGACACCGUGCUUUCCACAGCCAAUGCCACCGACGAGAUUUGCAGCACCAGUAGCUGUUCCUGGCAUGGUACCUCCACACCAUACCAUGCACAAAGUAGAUCCGGGUAUUGGUUUUCCGGUGGGACAAUCUGCUCCCCACCCUCCAAUCGACUUUCAUCCAUCGAAGGAGAGCAUAGAUGCAGCUAUUGGAGAUGUUUUAUCGAAACCAUGGCUGCCGCUUCCUCUUGGACUAAAACCGCCGUCUGUUGACGGCGUGAUGGUGGAACUGCAGCGUCAAGGAAUUCCAAAGGUACCUCCAACUUGUUCUUGACGACUUCCGUCCAUAAACAAUUCGACGAAACUAAAUUUCCUCAUGCAUGUAAACAUUUUUCUUUUCGAACUUGUGAUUUUGUCGUUGCAAAGUUUUUUUAGUAGCUUUUUUAGUGGAGUAGGUGACGGAUGUGUAAUAAAGCCAAUAGCUUUUGUAAUGAACUUAUGAGUACGUAUCAGAAUAAUUUAUCUCAUUAAA